AUGAAUAAGUCUAGAAUAUUACAUAGACAAUAUAUUCUUCUUUAUCAUGGAUAUAAUAAAGUAACAUCAACAUAUAAUUCUUUUAUCCUAGAACAGAGUAUUGGAACAUUAAAAAAAGAUUCAGCUAUAUCAACAACUGUUACACUUGAAUUAUUAGAUUUUAAUAUUGUUGUAAGAACAUCAUAUAAUUCAGAAAUAUUAAAUUUACCAUAUUCUGAUUUUUGUGAUUAUGCAAAAUCAUCCAAAAAACCAUUAUAUUUUGGGUUAAUUUUUGAGGAAGGUUCUACAAAAUGUAGAAGAUGUUAUAUAUUUUCAAUUGAUUCUAAUUUAGUUAAUCAUACAUUUCAUGAAAAAUACAGUAUUCUUUUUAAUUUUGAGUGUUCUCAAAAUUUUUCUUUAUAUUCUGAGUGUGACCAAUUUCCUUCUAAUGUUGAUCAAAUAAUUGAAUCUACAAAUUUUUUUCGAAAUAUUUUAUCAGAUGAUUUCAUGGAUUGUAUUAAUGAUAAUGAGGAUGAGCAUGUAUCACCGAUACAUGAAGAAUUUGUUGGUAAUAGACAAAAACGUAAGGUAGAAGAUAAAUCAUAUGCCUGUCAUUUACUUGUUAAACGACCUUCUUUGGGAGGUGAUGCAUUAGAGGAGGAGGAGGAAGAAGAAGAGGAGGCAGUUUUUGAUUAUAGUGAAUGUUAUUAUCCAACAUCAGAAAAAGAUAAUAAUCAUGGAUCACAAUUAUUACUUGAAACAUCCUCUUCUAAUAUAUGUUUAUUUUAUAAAACAUUAGAUGAUGAAUUGUUAAGAAAACCAUUUAUGAAAUUUUUAGAAGAACAAUUUUGUCAAGAAAAUUUAAUUUUUUAUAUUAUAGUUCAAAAAUAUAGAAUUAUUAGUAAUGAAGGAGAACGAAUUGUUGUUGGAAAAGAAGUUAUCAGAAAUCAUUUAGAAGAAAAUUCCACUUAUCAAAUUAAUAUAGACGAUAAAAUAAGAAAAGAAAUUUUAAAAAAUGCAAAUGAAGGUAGAUACAAUGUAGAAUUGUUUGAUGGUGCUCAAUUUCAAAUAACUGAAAUGAUGAAAUUUGAUUUGUGGCCACGUUACUUAAAAACAAUUGAUACAAAACAAAGUGAACCUUUGCCACAAGAAUUACAGAAAGAAUAUCCACAUAAACCAAGAUUAUCUUUGCAUAGUUUAAAAAAUAGGUUACUUGGAAAGAAAAAUAAAAAAAAUGUAGAUGCCGCAAAUUACCUUUGGAAUUGUGGCGUUUCUCAAAAUACUUCAGAAAAUUUUUCAAUCCAUUUAGAUUCACUUGGGCAAAGUUUUAGAUCCACAAAAAAUACAAAAAUGCAGGGUGGUUCACGAAGGUCUUUCCAUUAA